GCAAUAAGCUGAUUUGAGUUAUUAAAACUAUGUAGGCAUUAAGCGUAGCAGACUUGCGACCGGUCUGGCCCCAUAAAAGCGGCGAUCGAUCGACAUGCCCCGCACGGGGCGGGUGAUGAUGUCGCGAUCGUGGGGUAUCUGGUAUCUUCUAACCCCAUAUGGCAGUGAGCUUUGUAAAGGGGGGUGCGACUUCGCCACUCGCAUGCUUGGAGCUCUAAUCCUCAUGUUCGGUCUGAUGAGUUCUUCGACUUCUUGAUCUGUUUCUGGUGUCUAUACUCAAAAUGUCGCAGUCCGUUCAAGGCAAGAAGGAAUGGCUAAUUCGUCUCACAUCGAGGGUCAAGCCCGGGAAGAAGCAUCGGGACUGUAAGGAGCCAUCGGGGGCGGCUCGCCAGAGAGGCCAGACGGUGGAGGAACGGGAUCAGGAUCAGCCUGGUUCAUGUUACGCAUAUGCUUCUCUUGGCAGGGGCGACCAUCAGCUUGAUCCUCCCCCUCCAUACACACCUCGUCCACCAUCUUCGACGCCAGCGGACGAGCCCAACUUCUCUGUGACCGAAUCGUCGGUUCACAUGGUGGGCACCUCCCAAGCAACGUCGAGACAGGCAGCCGCCCGCCACCAAGAACUUACCCCUCCACCAACCUAUGACCAACCGGCCACGUCUGUACCCGGAACACAAGCGUCAAUCCCACCAAAUGCCCAGCCACCCCCAACCACAGCCUCUCGGACCGCCGAACAGGACAAGGAAGCCCUCGAAGCCGUUCUCCAGGUGCACGGGUGGCGCCGCCUGUGGGGCCCCCGACCGCGCACCCUGAGCCGGGCCCUCGGCCGUGCCGCACUGGCGGGCAACGAGGCGCUAGUGCGGGCAUUGCUCGACGCCGGGGCCGCGAUCUGCGAGCUGUCGCCGGCCGGGCCCCGCAGCGCGGUCCACGACGCCCUCCGCGGGCCGGAGCCCGGCCUCGCGCUGCUGCUGCUCGACCACGAGUGUGAGAGCGCGCCUCGGUCGGCGCAGUCGGCGGCGACGGGCGUCUCGGCGGAGGAGGUUGCGGAUGCGAAUGUGAAGCGACUGCUUGGUGGCCGGGAUGCGAAUAGAUGCACGCCCCUGCAUCUGGCGGCGGGGGUUGGGGCUACCGAUGUCGUGGGGGAGCUCCUCUAUCUUGGGGCUGAGGUCGACGCUGUGGAUGUGUUUGGGAGGACACCGCUGCACAUGGCUGCCAAGUACCGGCGGGAGGAGGCGAUGGCCUGUCUACUCGACUACCAAGCGGACGUUGGUAUGGUCGACGACCAUCUCUGGCUGGGGCUGGAGCCAGAAGAGGCUGCUGAGUUGGGAGACUUUACCUUUGUCAGGCAGACACUAUUGCAUGCUGUCGAGGAGAAGAAUGCCAGAGAAAAGAAGGGAAUGAUGACAGAUGGAGAUGAAGAUGGAAACACGGAAAAUGGACCCGAGAAACAUCAGACCGAGAGGGUUUACCCGGUCCCCGAUCAAAGUCUCCAAGCCAUGGAGAAGGUGUUGGCGAGACCCGGAAGGCAGGCCUGGCGAGUCGGCGAUGGAUACGGCCGAAGGAACAGACAGCUCUCGGGCCCAUUGACCCUUGAUCCACGUGUGACUCCCGGGCACCCCGCCACUCCGUCAUUGAGUCCCUGGCCCUCCAUCCCGCAAAUCUGCCCAAGACCUUCCCCAUCAACCUCGUCCUCGUCUCAUCUCCAGCAUGGAAACCCGUCGCCAAGACGAGCGGCUCGCAAGCUUCCGCCUAGCAUUGCUUUCAGCCCACAGUACGUGGAAUGGAGGAAGACAUGUGAAAAGGUCCAGGCGGAACAUCGGCAACAGAAAGAGAGAAACAUGAGGGCCGAAAUCCCCAGUUAGGAAUAAGUGAACAAGGCAGGAUGCAGAUAACAGAAUGAAACAUGCAUCUUUGUUGGCAUUGGCCAAUCAGAGCAAGGAUAAUUUACCAUGGUAGAGGGGCUUAGUCAGAUUGCCAAGUUAGGUGUUACCCCCUGCAAUUGAGGCGCGUCAG